AUCGGCAACACAGGAGGCUUAUCGCGUGUCGCGACAAGUGCAUACACGCAUCACCGACUGGCUGCAGUUAAUGUGGUAGUUAGUGGGGGCGUGCGUCGACAGUCGGUGGCGGAGUGCAAGAGGCUAGAGAUUCUGAUGAUGUGGAAGCUGGAGAAGCUAGCGAUAGCGAGGAGGCUUUCCGGAUUGUGAGUAGAGUUGCCGUAGCUGAGUCCUUCGGUCGACUCGCGUGUCUAUAUUAAGAAGAGGGAUAGAAGGGAAGAGAGUGGCGACCGGACCGCGACGAGAUUUGCCAGUUAGUCGCCACCGAAGAUGUGUCGUUUCGCCUUCCUGGGGAUCCUCCUCGCGAUCGUCCUCGCUCAGGCAAUUCCCAAGCCCGAGGAGGACCACAAGUCUACGAGAGUGUUGGAUGCGGAACUGAGCAAACAGGAACACUUCAUACACUCCCAACACAACCCCGAAUACGAUCACGAAGCCUUUCUCGGGGAAGAUGCGAAGACGUUCGACCAGCUUAGUCCGGAAGAAAGUACGAGAAGGCUGGGAUUGAUCGUCGACAAGAUCGACAAGGAUAAGGAUGGCUUUGUCACCCAGGAGGAGUUGAAGGAUUGGAUCAAGUACACGCAACAGCGUUAUAUUAGAGACGACGUCGAGCGUCAGUGGAAGUCUCAUAAUCCUGAUGAUAAGGAUACGUUGGCAUGGAGCGAGUAUCGCAAGAUAGUCUAUGGUUUUGUUGACGACAAGGAGGCGGAGAGUCUGGAUAAGCCCGACGAUGAGAAUUUCUCGUAUGCGAUUAUGUUGAAAAGGGACCGGAGAAGGUGGUCGGUCGCCGACAAGGAUGGAGACGACGCCUUGACCAAAGAAGAAUUUACCGCCUUCCUUCAUCCUGAGGAAACGGAGCAUAUGAGAGAUGUCGUUGUUUUGGAAACAAUGGAAGAUAUCGAUAAGGACACCGAUGGAAAAAUAUCUCUCUCGGAGUACAUUGGGGAUAUGUACAAAGGUGGGGAAGAAGAGGAGCCAGAAUGGGUGAAGAACGAAAAGGAGCAGUUCUCUUCGUAUAGAGACAAGGACGGAGAUGGUUUCUUGAACAACGAGGAAGUAAAAAAUUGGAUAAUUCCUGUAGACUUCGAUCACGCGGAAGCAGAAUCUCGACACUUGAUCUUUGAAGCCGAUAUGGAUGCGGACCAAAAACUUACAAAAGAAGAGAUAUUAGAGAAAUACGAUAUUUUCGUUGGGUCUCAAGCCACAGAUUUUGGUGAAGCAUUGGCAAGGCACGAUGAAUUUUAAACCAUUAUACAGCUUUAAAUGAACAAGAUUUUUAUAUAUUUAUAAUGUGGUACACCUAAGAGCAGCCAUAGACAUUUUGCUAGUAUUCUCACUGCAUUUACCGUUUAGAUUAUACUUGUGUACUUGACAAUAUUAUGUAAGUGUCGUUUACCGUACGUUAAUACUGAUUUCGUAACGUCCUUAAGUGCUUAACAGUUUUUCCUUUAAAUUUAUCGUCAACUUCUACUAGAAUGUGCAUUUUUGUCGUAAAUAAAAUCUCACUAUAUUUAUUA